AUGAACCCUGAAAGCCUGAUAGCUUCAGCGGCCAUAAACAUAGGGCUGGCCAUUUUCAUCCUCACCCUCUUCUCCAUCCUCAAGAAGCAGCCCUCCAACGCCCCCAUCUACUUUCCUCGCCGCCUCUCUGAAUCUCAGCGCCAAAGCCAAAGCCAGAGUCCUAGCCACCGCCGCGACGACAAUCGCUCCGCUCUCUCUCUCCGCCGCUUCCUCCCUUCCGUCUCUUGGAUUUCCCGCGCUUUUCGCGUCUCCGAGGACGAAAUUCUCCAAACCAACGGCCUCGACGCUCUUAUCAUCAUCCGCCUCUUCAAGUUCGGUAUAAAAUUCUUUGUGGUAUGCUCUCUUGUUGGAUUGCUGAUACUUCUUCCAGUAAAUUAUAGUGGCGACGGUCUUACCGCUAUAAGCCACCAUUCCUUGGAUUCUUUCACAAUAUCUAACAUUAGUCCAGGUUCCAACAGGCUUUGGGUGCAUUUUUCAUGUCUAUGGUUUAUAUCUCUCUAUGGAGUAUACCUACUGUACAAGGAAUAUAAUGAGAUUUUGGCUAAAAGGAUUCAACAACUUCUGAACAUUAGGCAUCAGCCUAAUCAGUGUACUGUUCUGGUUCGGGAAAUUCCCUUCUGCAGCCAACACAAGUCUCGUGGGUGUUGUGUUGAAAAAUUCUUCUCUAAGCAUCAUCCAUGUGCUUAUCAUUCUUAUCAAAUUUUGUAUGAUGGAAAAGAAUUUAAGGAGUUGUUGAAUCAGGCAAAAUCCAUUGAAAAAAGGAUAGAGGUCUUGAGAAAGCGGUCUGUGGUCAAGAAGCAUAACCAAACACCUUUGCUUUUGAAUCCGUCUAAAGAAGAUUCUGUGAAAUUAUCCUUGUACGAGGAAAAGCUUGAAGAACUUCAUCACAAGAUACACCAAUUGCAGUGUGAAGAUAUGCUCAAAGAAAAGGAAUUGCCCGUUGCUUUUGUUACAUUCAAGUCUCGGUUGGGUGCAGCGCUAGUUGCCCAAUCUCAGCAGCACUCAAAUCCAGUUCUUUGGAUCACUGACGCAGCUCCAGAACCCAGGGAUGUAUCAUGGAGAAAUUUGGCAAUUCCACACAGAUUUUUGCCACUUUGCAAUUUUGGAGUUAUUGUUGCAGCCUCUCUUCUUACAAUUUUCUUUGCCAUCCCAGUCACUGCAGUCCAAGGGAUAGCCAAAUUUGAGAAACUAAAGAAAUGGUUUCCUCCAGCCAUGGCUGUACAGUUGAUACCAGGGUUAAGCUCUAUUAUAACAGGGUACCUUCCAAGUGCCGUUCUGAAAGGGUUCAUAUACAUUGUUCCAUUUGCAAUGCUUGGAAUGGCGAAACUUGCAGGCUGUAUCUCAAAGAGCAAGGAGGAAAUAAAAGCAUGCAACAUGGUUUUUUAUUUUCUAGUGGGAAAUGUGUUCUUUUGGAGCUUGUUAUCUGGAUCCUUAAUAGAUGAAAUUGGGGAAUCUUUUACUCAUCCAAAAGAUUUCCCUAGCCACCUUGCAAGUGCUGUCUCUGCUCAAGCAGAUUUCUUUGUGACAUAUAUUUUGACAGAUGGGCUGUCAGGGUUUUCUUUGGAGAUCCUCCAACCAGGAUUGCUUUGUUGGGAUGCUAUAAAGUCCUGUACAUAUGGCCGUGGAAAAGAGAAAACCCCGUAUCUUUACUCAUUACCUUACUUCAGAAUCAUUCCUUUGGUCUCACUGUCUGUGCUGAUUGGUAUAGUGUAUGCUGUUGUCGCACCUCUUCUGCUUCCCUUUCUGAUUGGUUACUUCUUGCUUGGCUAUGCUGUGUUUAUAAAUCAGAUUGAAGAUGUGUAUGAAACCGUUUAUGAGACAUGUGGACAGUAUUGGCCUUGCAUCCAUCAUUAUAUUCUCAUUGCAAUCAUUCUCAUGCAAAUCACUAUGAUUGGUAUUUUUGGACUGAAAUCAAAGCCAGCCGCAUCCAUUUCCACAAUUCCACUUCUCGUGCUGACGUUGAUGUUUAAUGAGUACUGCAAGAUGCGUUUUCUUCCUACAUUCAACCUUUUAUCUAUUCAGAAUGCCAAGGAAUUUGAUGAACUUGAUGAGAAGUGCAAUCAGGUGGAGUUUAACUAUGAGAAUGCUAGCACUGCUUAUUGCCCACCUUGUUUGCGCCCUCUGAACUGCAUGGAAUCAGGGUCAAGCUGCACGGCGCCGUUAGUUUCUUCAUCGUCAUUUUAA